GCUCAAUCGCACGCGCCUGCCGAUCAUGCCCACCCAAGCUUAGCGCACGCUCUCAACCCUCAUCCCCUUCUAGCCCGCUCAGAGACUUCAAAGGGCUCUCAUCCUCUCAUGCGGAUGCACACCAUCUGGGUAGCUUUCAUAAUCCGAAUGACAAGAUGCAUGGCCCGACUCCCUCCGAUGGAGCAUUCUGCUCAGGUCCCAUGCCGAAAUCUGCUUAGAGCAUCUGGUCGAAACACCUUCGAUCGCAUCUCGAUGCUCGGACGGGAAUCCAUCGGCUCGAGGGCGCUGUGACCUUGCCGUAGCUCUGGCCUGCCUUCGACGCGCGGCGGACAUGGCUCAAUGGCUGACCAAUUUGUCAAGCGCUUGCCUUUGCUCAGCUUCAUCCGCAGCACCGCAAGCGCAUUCGACUUAUCAUCAUGCCGACAAGCAUUGAAUCUCCCGCUCGUGCUCGAAAGCCCAUCGCGAUCUAUACGGCAAAAUCAGACGAGCAGUCGUUGCCUAACAUCGCGUCCAUCAUCCACGAUCACGCUGCCUCAACACCGGAUGAUAUCGUCUUCCUCAUCCCAGAUCAAGCGCGCACAGAUUGGCUGCCCGUCACCUGGCAGUUCUACUCUGACUUCCUCGCCGAGCUCACUCUGACCUGGUCAGCCAAAUUCGCUCAACAAAUGAACUCGACGCCUUCAUCCUCAGGGGUCGCCGGCUCGGCUGCACAGAUGAAGGCGCCCGUCGCAGGCGUGCUGAUCAGUCCUGCUGAGGACUUCUUCGGCCCGUUCUUUGCGCUCUCGUCGAUCGGUUUCACGGCCAUGCCAAUCAAUCCCUAUCUCUCUGCCGAGACGAUCGCAGAGAUUUGCGAUCGUGCUGCUGUCUCUGUACUCGUCUGCGGCGGCACGGUCGCCUCUGCAGGUCACUGCGUCUCGGGACUGCGCCCGUCGAUUUGCCUGCACGAGCUUACUCGUCAAGAGUACAUGAGCAUGCGUACCUUCGGAGAGGCAGGUAAUAUCAUUGACGGAUCCGACCGUCGCGAGAGACUCGAUCAGAUCAAAUAUGUCAUGAAGCACAAGGUCGUUUCUGAUCCUGCCUAUCUCCUCCAUUCGACGGGCUCUACUUCGACACCAAAGGUCAUUCCUUGGCACAAUAAGGCAAUCUUUGCUCAGAUCCGUCGCAAUGUGAUCCUCGAAGGGUUCAUGAAUCCGACUCGUCGGGGUCGUAUGGGCCUUGCCUCUGACGAAGAUGGCGAUGCUGCUUUGCCUACUUUUACAAGCAAGGCACCGGGUUGGAUCGUCUUCGUCAACAAGGAGCCCUUUGCGAUCGCGCCCAUUGGCAUCGUGCUCAAGAUCAUGUUCCUCGGUAGCGGUUGGCCUAUCGCCCUACCGCUCUUCAAGUCAAUCGAAUGCACUCCGACUGCAUUGCUCGGCAAUCUCACGCGCGUCGGCACGCAGGAAUACUCUAUCUACUCGGCUGAUCUGACCGCCAUUGUCAACUACCUCCAUGGCCCCACUCAAACGCCUGAGGAAGAAGAGCGCAAAUGUGUCUGGCUGUCCCAUCUGCGCAGUCUUGGGCCCCUUCCUUGUGGUGGAUCUCGCGUCGAGCGUUCGACGAUGGCCAAAGCGAUCAAGCUCGGCAUUCAGGUCCAGGUCACUUUGGGAACCACGGAGGCGGGCUUCUUCAUGGCCAGUCGACCAGCUUGCAUUGCAAAGGAAUGGGGCAACAACGAUGAACCGUCGGACGAGAUUCUCGACUUGGCCCUUGGCAUGAAAGCGUUUCCGGACGUGCCAGUCUUCUUUGAGCCCGUUGACUCGGAGCACACGCCAGCGUAUGGUCAGACCGAGCCGGAGCAGCUUUACGAGCUUGUUCUGGAUGCGGAAGACAUCGCGGUUUCAAGCCAGGCUAUCGCUAACGAUGGCCACAAGUGGCGCACGCGAGAUCUCUUCCGCAAAAUCGUCCAUGUCGACGCGAACGGUCAGAUCGAUGAGCUCUUUGUGUAUGAGAUGCGCAAAGACGAGCUGCUCAUGCUCGGCAAUGGCGAAAUCAUAUCACCCCUCUCUAUCGAUGCCGAACUUCGGGCAAUCGCCAUCCGAACAUGCGGCUUUGGCAAUAUCGAAGUUCUUCUCUGUGGAACUUCUCGACCUCUGCCAUGCAUCCUCAUCGAAGGCGUGCAUGAGGCAGCGGACCAGCUUCGCGUGACGCAAUCGAUUGAGCAAGCAAUGCCGAUCAUCAACUCAGCUUUGCCGGCUUUCUUCCCGCUCUCGGUGACCAGACUCGCCUUUCUCCCUUGUGGAGUACGGUUCACACGCACGAUCAAAGAUGUGAUCAGCCGGGCCAAGACAGAGUUGGACCUCACCCACGUCAUCGACACGCUCUACGUUCGUCAUUGAUAAACGUUACUUCGGGCUGUGUGCCAUGUGUAAGACAGUCCAGACAUGCUGUAUUGUUCGAGAACGUCGAUCUCUCUUCUCGACUGUUGAUCGAGUGGCCCGUGGGCAAACGUUCGGUAUAGUGAUCGUCAACGGGAACGCCUGGAAUGAAAUAUUAUCAAACCUCGCGCUGUUUCCUCUUCUCC